AUCAAGGUCGAGGCGCAGGGUGGAGAUCUUCUUUUCCACGGACCCCUCUCAGCCUUCCAUCAUAUCAGCAAGUCGCCAACCGCCACAGGGCUUCAUCCUUUGAUCAGUACGAUCAUUGCCGAUGGACAGCCUCAGCCUCUAGGAUACGGCAAGCAUCUCCCUAAAGAGGUCUUCCUGACAACUCAGCAACAUGAUACGGCCAUGGAUCGGUUCUUUCGGUUUCACGCCGCUUGGUGUCAACGGAUCACGAGACACCAUUUCGAGCGGGACAUGCGUCAAGCGAUGAUGACCGGAUCGGCGCCUACACCUCACUACAGUCCACUCCUCCACAACGCCAUCCUGUCUAUCGCACUAUGUUAUGCAGACGAGGAUCAUCUACGUUUCCCUGGGACCCGCAAGGUCUUUGCACAACAGGCCAAGACUUAUAUCGACCAAGAGAGUUCGAAUCCGACAUUGGCGACGGUACAAGGCUUGGCCAGUCUAUCGAGUUAUCAUUCGCUCGAAGGUGAACAUAAUCUGGGAUGGACGUACAUGGGACAAGCGUCGAGGCUGAGCCAGGCUCUGGGAUUGCACCUAGAUCCAAGUGCGCUCGUAGAAUCUGGCAAACUCUCGGCGACAGAGGCCAAAGAACGCACCGUUGUAUUCUGGUCGACCUUUUCCCAAGAGACCGCCUGGAGCCCCUAUAUCGGGAGAGUGGGGUCUCAGAUCGAAUACACGACUUCUCUGCCAACGCCUGACGUCGUUACGAAUGAGCUCGAAUGGACGCCUUUCGAUGGCGCCGAUACCGUGAGGAAUGGGUCGUGUCAUAUCAGCACGGCGUUUGUGGAGACGGUCAAGUUGCUCAGGAUCGGGCAGGAUAUCAUGAAUUCGCUCUAUAGCAUCAAGGCGAACGUAUCAGCCAUCGGUCGAUCAGGAUUGAUCAGCGAGAUUAGCCUCGCUUUGACGACAUGGAAGGACGAACUCCCGUCUGCCGUCAUUCUUACCGGCCAUUCCGACUCGAACGCCUACCCACACAUCAUCAUGAUGCAUAUCACCCAUAUGUGGCUCAUCAUCCUGCUUCAUCGACCGUUCUAUCGCAAGGUGUCGCCCAUACCCGGAAGUGGCUCUGAGGAGAUAUCCGAAUCGGUCAAGGUGAGCCCUUGCCGGUCUGACGGCGUCGGUAUACAGCAAUGCGAUCGAGCAGCGCUCCGUAUCAUAACCCUUUUAAAGAUAUGGCAUCGCCUUUAUAACCUACGUUACACCACCCCGACCGCACUCCAGGCGGCCUUUACGGCGGGAACGACGUUUCUUCUGUCUGCUGUCCAGACUCGAGCGCCCAAGCGUCGCGGGAAUGCGAUCGACGGGGCCAAGGAUUGUGUCACCAUGUUACGCCACAUGAGCCGUUCUUGGUCAGCCGCUGCUCAAAAAGCAGAGAUUCUGGACGCGCUGGCUGCGGACUAUGGAGUCAGUCCUGCGGUUCAAGGCGAUGUCGUUGCGAAUCGGGCUGCUUCUGCUUUUGGAGAUCAACAACCUUCGCCAAUCGCCAGCGUGCCUAAUCAAAAUGCGUUAGCGGCCAGUGGUCUACCACCAAGCGAGUCGCAAGCUUCGCCGCAAGUGCACGAUUCCAUCGAGCAAGGUGGACUCGUUGAUCCGACGCAAACUGGGCAAUCGGCUCCAUAUACGGGAUAUUCCUCCCAAGAAGGAUCGCUCGACAACACUCAAGUCCCCUUCGACUUCGCGGCUGGACUGGACUUUCUGGACGAUCAAGAUUCGCAGAUGCUUCAGAUGCUGCUCGAUCGGGUCUCUGUACCUCAUGCUCAGAUCUAUCCCUUCCAACCCGGCUUGCUCGCUCAACAUGAUCAGCUGUCAGCCGGGCUUGAAGGGAGUGCAGCGUCUCUCGGCACGCAGUGGCAUCGGUCAUGGAAUCAGAGUGGGUGA